UUAUGGUAAUCACUAAUUCAUUACUCUACUAAUUUAUUUUAGUACUUUACAAAGAAAAAAUAACUUGCAAUAUGUUUAAUCUUUUGGAAAAAAUAACUUGCAAAUUUUUUAAGAUUUGAUUUGUUGUUGAAAUGAAAAGUGUGGUCUCGUGUUGGAGAAUAAUUAGAGAUUUGAUUUGUUGUUGAUUUUCGAUUGCAUGUUCCAAAUUUCAAACAGAUGUAUAAUAAACGGAUUUUUCAUAAAAUGCCCCUGAGGUUUUAAAAAACGCACCAAAUACCCUCGCCUGUUUCGAUUCACAUAAAAUACCCCUAUUUAUCCGUACUGUUCAUGACAUGCACCUGUCAGCUAACGCCGUUAGUCUGCCGUUAGUGUUGUUUUACUUAUUUGCCCUUAAUUUUAGUUUAGCGCCAUUGAGUUCCUUCACUUUCACAGAAAGACCAAAAAAAAACGUUCAAAUUCUUCUCUUUCUCUCUCCUCUCCCCUGUUCUUCUUCAAGCUCUAAUCCUACUCAAACCCCAGAAAUUCUGGGUAGAUCUUCAAUAUUUUUGUGAAUUUUGCUGCGCACCUUAAAGGCGAGUUCGUGGGUUGUGAUUUUGCUUCAAUCGCGACAAAAAAGGGAGAAACUUGAGGCGAUUUCCACUGGAGUUAGUGUCGAAGAGGAAACGGGAAUUUUAAAGUUGGUUAGUCUACUUCCAGGAUGAGUUCUAUUUGGUUGUUACUACGGUAUGGGUCACAUAGUUUUGAUAUUAGAGUGGGAGACAUGGAAAAAUAUCGUUUGUUGAAGUUGUUUCUUGAUAUCUUUGAGGAAUCAGUUAAGCAAGAUGUUUUUUUGCCUAGUACCUUUAGCUUGUAUGUUGAGGGUCCUUGUGGUAAGGUUGAAUUGAAUGAUGAUAAGACUUUAAGGCUUCUGUGGGGAUGAAAUUGGGGUAAAGACACUGCUGAAAUUUGGGUUGAGGGAACAGAUAAACCAGGAUUGGUGUUUAGGAAUGAUGUUGAAACAAUUGAGAAUCAUAGAAAGGAAAAAGAGAGACAACUUAAGGAGAGACAAGAGGAAUUGUUGAGGGCUCAAAGAGAGGAGGAAGAGGCAAUGAGGAAACAACAGGAAAGGGAGGACAUUUUGAGGGAAAUACAGGAACAAAUGGAGUACACUGUGGCUAUGGAGGUCCCUGUUGUUGAUUGUGAGGACUUGAAGGUUGAGUAUGUGAGAGUCAUUAGCAAAGAUGAUGCUGAUGAGGUGUUUCCAGGUUGCUCUCAACCACAACAAACACAAGAAUCCCCAAAGAAACAACCCACCCCACCCAAACCUGCUUCUAAGUCAAAAGGCAAAGAUAAGCCUGCUUCUAAGAAACUAACCCCCAAAAGGAGGGCAUCAGCUAAACAAGCCACUCCCCCACAGAAACAACCCACCCCACAGAAACAACCCACCCCAGCUAAACAACCCACCCCACCUAAACAACCCACCAAACAACCUACACCACCACCCCCACCACAAAAACAACCCACCCAACCAAAACAAGCCACCAAACAACCUACACCACAACCACCACAACAACAACAACACAGACCACCACCAGAACAUCCCACCUCUCCACCACAACAGCACACCCCUCCACCACCACCACCAAAUCCCACUCCACCACAAAACAACCAAACUGAUGAGCCUAACAAUCAAGCACCACCUGAUCAAGCUCAGCCAGUGAAAAAGAAGGGGGGCAGAGCUAGACCUGAGGGGUUUAGGGUUAACAAAGUCACUGCUAAGAAGGCUGGAACUUGGGUUUCCAAGGGAAAGGGAAAAGGGAGAAAGGGUACAGGAAGGUCUAAGACACCAGGGGUUUUUGCUGAUGUUGGUGAGAUUUGUUCAGAAGAGGAGAGUGAGGAUUCUGAUUAUGAGGAAUCAGAUUCUGAACAAGAGGAUGUUCUGAAUGAUUGGAUUGAUUCUGAUGUUGAUGAUGAGGUGAUUCCUGAUGAUAUUCCUGAUUUGGGGUUUGAGGACUGUCUAAAUGGUUCCUCAAAGAUGGAUAAGGCCUAUAAAAAUGGCAAAAUAUGGACUGAUCAACCAUAUGGGUCCAUUAAGUUAGAACCCUGGUUGAUCUUUCAUGAUAAGGCCACAUUUCUUGAAGUGUUGAGAAGUUACUGCAUACAGGAGGGGUUUGGGCUUGCUGUUGAGAGGGCUGACAAUAGGAGGUACACAGUAGUGUGUGCAGUGGAGUCAUGUGACUGGAGGAUACAUGCCAGUAGGUUGUUUGGCAAUGUUAGCUGGGCCAUUAAGGUGAUCAGUGGGUCCCACAGAACUUGUGGGAGGCUUGAGGAGAAUCCAGUGGUGACCUCUGAGUGGUUGUGUAAGCACAUGUUGGGGAAAAUAGAGGCCAAUCCAGAGAUUCCAGUGGAGACAUUAAGGAGGUAUGUACAAAAGAAGUUUCAGUUGAGGGUGAAAAAGAGGCUAUUGUACAAGGUCAGGAGUAUGGCCAAGGAAAAGCUGCAUGGUGGUUGGGCUGAAGCAUAUGAGAUGUUGCCUAGGUAUGCUGAGAUGAUUAAGCAAACGAACCCAGGGAGUCAUGCACUUAUAACAUGGGGGGCCAGUAGUGGGGAUGUGAACCCAAAAUUCAGAGCUUGCUUCUUCUCAUUUGCUGCACAAGUCAGGGGGUUUCUAAGGGGUUGUAGGCCCAUAAUUGGAAUAGAUGGGGCUCAUUUAAGUGGUUUCUACAAGGGCAUUCUACUGACAGCAGUUGGCAUAGAUGGGAACAAUGAAAUUUUUGUUCUUGCCUAUGGGAUAGUAGACACUGAGAGCUGUGACAGUUGGACCUACUUCAUGAGAUGCUUGAGGCAAAUGUUUGAGCAGGAGGGUUGCAACAGAGAUGAUUGGACCUUCAUCAGUGAUAGGAUGAAGGGUGUUGAGUUGGCAGUUAGAGAAACUUUUCCUAGAGCAACUAGGAGAGUUUGCUGCCAACACCUAUACAUGAAUUGUAAGAACAAUGGCUUCAGUGGAUCUGCAUUCCACAAGCUCUUUUGGAUAGCUGCUAAUGCAUACAAUGAGUAUGUGUUUGAUAAGGCCAUGGUGAAGAUCAGUGAGUACAAUGCAAAUGCCACUGCAUACUUGAACAACUGCAUUGAGCAAUGGUCUAGGCAUAAGUUUGACUCUACUGUUUGUUGUGAUCACAACACAACAAACUUUGUGGAGUCAUUCAAUGCAUGCACAAAGCCCUUCAGAGACAUGCCUGUCUUCUCAUUAUUGGAAGCAAUCAGAAGUUGGUGUAUGCAGAGGGUGGGGGCUAGAUUUGACAAGGCAGUUGACAUGGAGGAUGGUCAGCUUAUUUCAUGAAAUUUGUUACAACUUUACUUCAUUGCUAUCCAAAUCAGAAAUGCAAACAUUAAUACACCAACUUUUAUUGCAAAAUUGAUUUGUUGUUUCUGUUGUUUGAUCUUCUUCUUCAAUAGCUUCAACUCUUCAUGCAUUCCCCUGCUCUGUUCUUGAACUCCCCAGCUUUGUUCUUGCAUUCCCCUGUUUUCAUCAUCUCUGUUUCCCUUGCUCUAAACUUCAUCACUUGUGUGCUCAAGAAAACCUUUGCACCACUUGAAAUGAUCACAAGGAUCAUACUUGUAGUAAAGCUUUUGCGGAUUUUUUGCCGUUUCCGAGCUCCUAGUGGAAAAUCUUCUUCCGCAAUAGCAAUUUUUAUUAGGAACUCUAAUGUAUGCUAAAUUUGGGAUGGAAGAAGAUUCGGUUUUUGAAUGAGAGCCCAUGGUUAAUUUGGAGAGGGGAAAGUAUGCAAGUGAGGUGAACACUAGUAGCAUUUAUAGGCAGCAAGAACAUAACGGCUAUAUUUUGCUUCCUAGGUUUAAAAACUAGCCGUUAAAUUCAAAUUCCUGCAAUUUGGGUAUCUAGUGCAACUUAAUUUCAAAAUAGGUAUAUAUUAUGCAUUAAGUUUAUAAAAGGGGUAUACUGUGAAUUAUAAACACGACUUAACGGAGGACUAACGGAAGGUCAGUUAAGGGGUAUUUGGUUCAAACUUGGAAAAAAAUAGGGGUAUUUUAUGUGAAACGAAACAGGCGAGGGUAUUUAGUGCGUUUUUUAAAACCUCAGGGGCAUUUCAUGAAAAAACCGUAUAAUAAAACUUGUCAAACGGGUCAGUCGGGUCAGAUUAUAAUAAAUUAUGAAUGAUUUUCUAAAACCGAAUCGUCUUCUAAUACCGUACAUGGUUCACAACUUGGGCCAUAUUUUGAAUUCUACAAACGAUAAUCCAAUAAUUCCAAUUAGUUCACAAAGAACGAAUUUGUGUCUUUCCAACAAGAUAUUAUAGGCCCAAAAUUGAGUCCGGACGAGCAAGAUAUGACCUUAUCAAUCCGUAUACCCCUAAUUGCUGUACCCAUGUAUGGCUGUACCCCCGUCAAAAACGACGCGCAACUGGAAUUUAUUAAAAAAAAAUAAAAAAGUUAUAUCACGUGCUUUCUUUUUAAUAAAAACAUUGCACAUAAAUUUUCCAAAUAUCAUAAAUCUCUCAUUUUUGUUUUCUCUCUCCCCAAAAGUUUCUGUAAUACCCCGAAUUUUUUAAAACUCGAUUAAUUAUGCUUAAUUAUUUUUAUUUAGCUAAAAGCGUUUUAAAUCCUAAUUUCGAACUUUAUUUUAAUUAACGAAAUUUUAUAUCGCUUGAAUUUUUAAUAUUGUU